GUUUAUUUGAUUCAAGAUCCUCGAGGCAAUUUAUUGAUUGUAAGAAUGUUUCAAUUUCAAGUUGAUAUGAUUUCGAGGUGAUGAUCGAGGAUUCAGACUUCCGUGACCACCUUAAAAAUCAGUUAAUCAUGAUAACAAUUAGGAGACAUCAGUUGAUUUCAAACUCGUGGUCUUAAUGUUCAAACCAUAAAGGUAAACAUCAACCCAAGGAAACAACAAUUUAGUUUUGAUUACUUUUCAUGUGAGAUUAGUAAAUGUAAUCUUCUGAAAAUGGAUUUACUUAAAUCCCCUUCGUCACAAUUAACCAAAACAUAUGAUGAUAAACUUGAGAAACUGUGGUUUAAUUUAUCAACGAUGGGUAAACAAACCCCCGGGGUUGUAUCAUCCAAAUCCCCAUUGGAUAAUCCGCCCGAUUGGUUUAAUCUUGAUCGUUUCACUCGAGCUCAAAAACUUGCAAAGAAAUAUUAUUUCAGUUUACAUAUCGCUCAUUUCAUUGGUAAUAUAUUAUUGGUCCUUCUGCCUCGAGUGACCAUUCCCAUCUUUGCCUCUGGACGGUCAUCAACCGUUUACAUGGUUUUCUUGAGGAUUUUAUCAACAAUUAAUCACGUUGAUUCCUGGUAUCAGGAUAAUCCCUUUGAAAAAGGUUCUAAGGCCAAUAAAUCGUUAUCCAAAGUCCGACGUUCAUGUCACCUUCAAGUGUCCAAAUUGAUGAAUGAAAAAUACCCAAUGACAAAUGACCUUUGGCUCAGUCAAUUUGACAUGACGAUGACCCAAUGGAGUUUAAUUGGUCUUGUUGCAAUUAGACCCAAACAAUGUGGUUUCUAUUCAACUAAAAGGGAAGAGUUCGAGGAGUAUAUUUAUUUUUGGCGAGUUAUUGGUCACUGUAUGGGAAUCGAAGAUCAGUUUAAUUGUUGCCUUGAUAAUUACGAUGAAUCUUUACAAUUUAUGGAGAUUUGCUUUGAUCGUGGAUACAAACCUUACCUUGACCAACCCAAUUCAAUUGUCCGAGCAGCUAUGCAAUUAACUGAAGGGGUUUUCCUUGGGUUGAAUAUUUCAAUUCCAAAAAUUAUCCUCAGUUAUGAAGGUUUCAUGAAAUAUUGGUAUGAAUCAUUAAAUGUACCACAUGAAAUUGUACUGGACAAUUGGACAACCGCAAUAUCGUAUAAAUUACAAGUAUUAUUGGUUAAUUAUCUACUUAAAUUGACAAUUUUCUAUCGAUUGGCUUCAUUUGUUUACUUUAAAAUGUUAAAUCGCUUGUUUAAAACAGUUAAUCAAGUUAAGAAUCAAAUGGAUCGUAAAUAUAAGGAUAUCGUUUAUCGGAUUCCAACGGAAAAUGGCAUCUACAGCAUUCAUAAUCCAAUGUACAAACCAAAUAUACCUCAAUUGGCAAAUCUUGGUGUUGCUGCCACUUAAUUGUCACAUCAAAUGCUUUAAUUAAUAAAUUGAUUUACCCAUUGGUUAGUAUUAUCACCAUUGAGAGUUACUUAUCUAUCGUUGAUAGUAAAAUGAUUCAGUUUUGUGGUUUUUUGUUGGACAAUUUUAUUCAACUAAGAAUAAAGGAUUUUAAUUGUAAAUUAA